AUGUCAACUGUUGGUAAUAGAAUUGUUCUCAAAGCCUCUUUGCGCACGGGAAAUGGCAUUGUCUCCCGUCGCAUACCAGUUAGGUAUACACCAGACCUUACUUUCGACGAAGUCUAUUCGUUGCUGUCAGAAGUGUAUGAAAUCGAACACUUCGUCAUUUACUAUGCUGAUGAGGGCAACGAUAGAAUACAUGUCAAGAGCGACGGAGAAUUACGAGACGUUAUCGCCCGUUUGAAGGAAACAAAUGGCGCAGAAAAUAAAUUAGUUAUAAAACUUCAGUUGGAAAAAAUAUUGAAACCCGAGCCAGUUAGUUCAGUUGCUAAUAAUACGCCCGUAGACCCGGUUCUUACGCCUGUCUCAUAUUCCAGCGCGUCUAACGAUACAGCCUCAAAUACAGAUUGUGAUAAUGUGGACGACGAUCAUCCGUUUGAACGCGUAAUAAAUCAUGUCAUGAAGAACGUUCAAGACAUCAUUCAGAAUAUCGUUCAGCCGAUAAGUGAGUUGUCUGACAACUCUGAAGAUCAACAAGAAGAGCAGCAAACAAAUGACGUCGCUACCUCUUCAGAAUCUGAAUUCCCACAGCAUUCAUCUACAUCCUCAAUACCAUCUUCGAUAACAGAGACACAGGAAGUCGCUCAACCCCCUCCAUAUUGUUCGAUACCUCCUCGAAUACCAUCACUAUCCUCCCCGCGACCUCCUCGGUAUUCCGUAAGAGUAGCCGUUCAUCAUGGUAUUAAAUGCGAUGUGUGCAAUGAGACGAUUCGCGGUAUGCGCUGGAAGUGUAAGAAUUGCCGAGACUAUGACUUGUGUCAACAAUGUAAAUCAAACCCACCAAGCGUUGGUUUUCAUCCGGCUACCCACGAGUUCCAAUCUAUCCCAUAUCCUCUCCAUAAUGUACGAACGACACAAUCCGUCAAUAUGCACUCGGCUAUUUGUGAUUUCUGCGAGUCUGUUGUCCUCGGAACCAGGCACAAAUGUAUAAAUUGUCCUGAUUUUGACUUGUGCAGUAAUUGUGUUGCACUUGCUCCAACACAACACCCGAACCACACCUUUAUGCAAAUCCAACGACCUGGCGAGCCAGAAAUAAAAAUCCUUGAUUCUGCACAGCACCCGGGAAUCAAGUGCGACCACUGCAAUAAACAAAUCACAGGAUUGAGAUACAAGUGCGGCAAUUGCUCCGAUUUUGACCUCUGCGGAAACUGUGAAGCCUCUCCCCUAAAUGAUCACGAUAAAACUCAUGUAUUCCUUAAAAUACGACGACCUACACCAAAUCCCAUCAUAUCACAUAAGCCCUUGUUACCAAACCUCUACGUUGUUCAAGAACCAACAUCUUACAAAGGACGCUACGGCUGUUACUCCCGCUGUUAUUACCCAAAAUCUUCGUCCACUUGUAAUGUCUCUUUAGCGUCUUCUCAGAUAAAUCAACCAGCAACUAAUUUGACUAACAGUAAUGAGCCAGUUGUACCUAAUUCGACACCCUCGUCUGUCAAAAGCGGAUCCAGCACGAGUAAAGCACCAAUAGCCUUAUAUGACACUAAGGAAACGCAUUACAAUCCAAUCGAACCAUUAUGGCAUGCAAGCGUCCCAAGGUCGGCGAACUUGGAUAGCCAAUCCAGCGAGCAAGAAGUACGAGAACCUUCAUCAGGAUCCUAUAAAUCUCGUUUCUUGGGAGACGUAAAUGUGCCAGACAAAACAGUCAUGGUACCCCAAGCUCAAUUCGUGAAAAUUUGGCGCUUGCAAAACGAUGGUACGGUUGCAUGGCCGGAAUCGACAAUGUUGCAAUUUCUUGACGGACAUACGAUGUUCAAUAAAUCGCUCAAAGCUGGUGAUGACAAAUUCAGGCCGAAGUUCCACGUGGGUGCUGUUGAACCUGGUCAGACUUGUGAAGUUUCUGCUGAUUUGCAAGCGCCUGCAGAGCCAGGAGAAUAUGUCUCUUACUGGCGCCUAGUGGAUGGCGAGGGUAACCGUUUUGGCUAUCGUGUUUGGUGUGAAAUCAAUGUCGAGGCAAUCGAUCAAUAUUCCAGUCUCUCCAGCUCUUCAAUGAUAUUCCCAGUCCUCGACAAUCCAGUCUCUGACAUAUCCAGUUCACGAUCUUCCAUGACAUCAGUUGAUACUGGACUUCAUACGUCUGAUGUUGAGAACACGGAGGACUCCGAUGCCGAUUCAACAGAGAUAGAAUCGCAAUGUGGAUUUGAUGCUACGGGUGUUGAGGAUUCACUCGAUCUGUUAUACGACUCCAGAUACUAUACAACCUGUGUGGAUUCUGACAACGAUGAAUUCGUUUUUGUCGAUGAUUCCGACGACGAAGAAGAGAUGGGUGCUUCCCAGGUGUUGAGUCAAGGUUCUAGCGCAGAUGUUGAGCUUCAGGACAACGCAACUCGUGAUGAGAACUCGAAGUUCGCCAACGAAUUGAGAAAGCUAAAAGAACUGGGUUUCACGGACCGAGAAAAAAAUAUCAGAUUACUGGAGCUCCAUGGCGGGAAUCUAAAGCAAGUGGAAGAAUUACUGUUUCUUAUAUGA